AUGCAAUCGAUUUGCCUGGUGAUUCUACUGUGUCUUAUAAGCUCCUUAUCUGCUUAUUCACCAUUGCGAAAGUACGCUUCGAUACGAACAGAUCAUUUUGAUGACGAAGACUCACUGAAGACAGAGGAUGAUGAAGUCCUUAAAAGAGUUGUUGCCGAUAAGAGUGAUAGUGAAAAGGAUGCACAAAGCGAGCACUCCUUAAGCACUGGGCAACAACCAGUUAAAACGAAUGAAAACGAUGGUGUCGUGAAUCUUGAAAUUAAAAAAAGCCGUCAAAAGAGACAAUUCCACUAUCAUCCUCAUUCUGGCGAACACUUUCACUAUGAUAUACCCAGUCCACAUUCACCAUUCGAUUUCAUCCACGCAGACGUACAUCACAAUCCAAAUCCAUUACUAACGCACGCCCAUUAUCGUAUACAAGAUCCGUACUCACCUGGACACUAUCAUGCGAAUGUUCAUUAUCAUGUUGAUCCUUAUUCUGGUGGUCUUUAUCCACAUGCUCAAAUGGUUUAUCAUCCUUUCAAGGCAAAGAAAUGAUUUAAUUUGCUCUUGCAACAAUAUUAACGAACUUGGUGCUUCAUUCAACACUCAUCACAAUUGAACUGAAAUAAUCGUCUCUUGAUAUUCGUAAUUCAUUGAUGGUAUCAGAUAGAUUUUCGUUGUUGAAAAUCAGUUCGCUGAAAUUUUCGUCAGUGGAUCAGCAUUUGAACUGAACUGUUCUGCCUUCACCGCUAUUUGAACGUCUUUGCAAGGAUUUGUGGCUUCUUAAGCUUGUUUUGAAAAGGUUAAAAUAUCGACAACCAAAUUCGACUAAGGAAUUGGAAGAACUUUCAGUUCCUAGCCAAACAAAAAUUACUUCCGAAAGAUGCGUUUGAUAAUAUUACGCCAUUGAAGUGUAUGAAUGAGUUGUUUCGACAUGAUCAGUAUUGCUUAAUAACUAUCACUGAAUGGGACGAGAGUUUCUAUGCACUCAUGUAUGAUAUACACCGUUACAAUAGAUUGGUUUACUCACAACGAUAAUAACCCUCAAUCAUCAGAUUAUAAAGAUAACUC